AAAAGUUAAUUGAAAUUGAGAAUGAAAAUAAUCAUUAGUUGCAGCCCUACUGACAACAUACAUAGUGAGUAGUAAGCUUAAUAGUAAGCUUUAGUCCUUUCUAAUGGGAUAUGUUGAGGUUACAUUGUUAUUGUUUUCUUUGCUUGUUUGUUUGUUUGUUUUGGCUCAAAUGCUAUUAGUGAAUGAAAUUAGGCUAAUAAAUAAGGAUUCAAAUUUUUUAUCACAAUCGGUUUGAAAAUUUGACCUAAUACACAGUGUUGAUUCCAGGAUCCACUUGAAUCAAUUUGAAAAUUUAACACUUCCCAUUGCUCGUUAAAUUUACGUAUUUGAUAUUAUCUUCAUAAUAAUCUGUCAUUAAAUCUGUUAUCAACCAAUUAAUUAUAAUAAUGAUGUUUGUCACCCCUCACCUGAGACUGUUGGUUAGAGAUAGAAUACACAUGUGGUUCUACCUGGAAGAAACAUGCUCAAGUGCAGGCAGAUUUAAUGAUGCCCAGGUGUGAUCAUGGACGUACAGUCGUGUCUAUAAAAAGAUGGAGACAAAGGAGAAAUUCUGAAUAAGGUCAGAUGUGCUGGAUUGGACCGCUGUGACAAAGCACAGUUGAUUCUGACCUGCUGCCGCUGCUAUUUUCCUGUCCUUACAAACAUCGCUGUAUGUCCAACGCACACAUCAUGCUGGACCGAUCUUACUGCCACACGGUCUACUUACUGCUGCAUUGAGAGCAAGCACGAGGUCACCAUCCUCAGUGGACUCAACGAGUUUGUGGUCAAGUUCCAUGGACCACCUGGAACGCCGUAUGAAGGAGGCGUGUGGAAGGUCCGGGUGGACCUGCCAGAUAAAUACCCCUUCAAAUCACCAUCAAUAGGAUUCAUGAAUAAAAUCUUUCAUCCCAACAUUGAUGAAGCGUCAGGCACGGUGUGUUUAGAUGUCAUCAACCAGACAUGGACGGCUCUCUACGACCUCACCAACAUCUUUGAGUCGUUCCUCCCUCAGCUGCUCGCCUACCCAAACCCAAUCGAUCCUCUGAACGGGGACGCAGCCGCCAUGUACCUGCACCGACCAGAGGAUUAUAAACACAAGAUCAAAGAGUACAUCCAGAAGUACGCCACAGAGGAGGCUCUAAAGGAGCAGGAGGAAGGAGGGGGCGACUCUUCUUCCGAGAGCUCCAUGUCAGACUUUUCGGAGGACGAGGCUCAGGACAUGGAGUUGUAGUGAAGGGGGGGGUCCUGUCCACUUCACCUCACAACAGACUGUCAUUUCCUAAAGAGCAGAAACUCAGUACUAUAUUCAUAUUUAAACAAGACAAUUUUUUUACAGCAACACAAGAAUUUUUAUUGCUACACAAGAAUUUGCAGUGUGAUAUUGGAGAAUAUUAACCUUUAUUUAGGAAUUCAUGACCACCUGCCCCUUCCCCUUCCUCUUCACCCCGACAGAGCCUGUUUAGAUCAGAAAGGAGCGCACCAUUCAAUUCCAUGAUCUUUGGUGGCUUCAGUCAAGGCUGCCACACUGCUUGACUGAGGCUAAGCCGAGCAGUGAGACCAGCGCAGGAGGCAGGAGGACUGUCAUUAAAACAAAAUGAGACUGUUUACACUCUGUUUCCUAUUUGGAUCCACAAGCCACAUCACACCAGCUUUUCUUUUGUAUCAUGCUCAAGUUUUUCUUUUUUUCUUUUUUUCUUUUCUUUUCUUUUGUCUUUAUUCAACAUUUUACUGCAUCAUCGGGCAUCUGUUCCUCACUGACAGCGGUCUGCAGGAUGACAAUCCACUAUUUCUUAGCAGUCUCGACUUCAGAAGAGUGUGGAUUCCCCUUUUUGUUUUUGUUUUUUUAACAUCACCUUUCACUUUUUUGAGACUGCCACCCUGAGGAGCUGCCAUUACAAUCACCACUUCUGAGGAGCACAGAAGACCAGAAGGCCACGGUGCUGUCGAGUGUUUAUCCUGUACAGACUGGCGUGGCUGCAGACGGCCUCUCUGACAGGACUGCCCUCUGUGCAGACCUGCACACACCUUGUGCACACUAUCAAACAACCAUUGCAUCAACCAUGACAACGCCAAAGCGCGUGUGUGUGUGUGUCUGUGUGUGUCUGUGUGUGCGUGUGCGUGUGUGUGCGUGCCUGUGUGCAUGCAUGAAGGUAUUCCAGGGAGAAUCAUGCCGCAUUGAUAACCCGUGUUGUACUGAUGCUCAGCAGAAGUGGAGGAGAAGGUUCACCAACCCGAUCGUUCUCGUCUUCAACACCCAUCUCCUCCUCCUCCUCCUCUUAUUUGUCCUCCUCUCCGUUUUAGGAAAGUGUUUGUCAUUCUCUCAGUAUCUCUGUAUAUUGUGGCAUGACACAGAAGUAAAGUUUUUGUAG